UUCUCCCACAAAAAUCUCUCCUCCCCUACCUUUCUUUUUCUCCCAAACUCAACUUUCUCUCAUGCAGUUAUCAAAAUCAGAGAUUUUUGCAGAUCUGUCACACAUCUCUCUCUUUUUUUCUGCAUUUUCUUUUCUCAGAGCACAAGGUUCAUCGUGUAUAGAAGAACAAAAUGGCAAACUCGGCAUCUGGAAUGGCUGUGCAUGAUGAUUGUAAGCUCAAGUUCUUGGAACUAAAAGCAAAGAGGAACCACCGAUUUAUUGUGUUCAAGAUCGAGGAGAAGAUACAGCAGGUGGUUGUGGAGAAGGUUGGAGGUCCUGAUGAAAGCUACGACGAUUUUGCUGCCUCCUUGCCUGCCGAUGAGUGCCGCUAUGCCGUCUAUGAUUAUGAUUUUACAACCAAUGAGAACUGCCAGAAAAGCAAAAUUUUCUUCAUUGCAUGGGCACCUGAUACUUCAAGGGUGAGAAGUAAGAUGCUUUAUGCAAGCUCCAAGGACAGAUUCAAGAGGGAGUUGGAUGGGAUUCAAGUGGAGUUGCAGGCAACAGACCCUAGUGAGAUGAGCUUGGAUAUCAUAAAAGGGCGGGCACUCUAAAUAUUCUUGUAGAGCAUUAUUGAUCCAUCACCUUGUCACAUGAUCUAUCUUCAAUUUUAUUUUUUGUUAGUUGUGUGAGCUAUUUUAUGUUAAUUACUUUAUUUUCCAGAUCAGAUGUGGAUUCAAUUUUAAAACAUUAAUUGGUACAUUUCUUUGCUA